CCCAUUCCCAAGCACAGUAGGACACUCAACCAAUCACGAGGUCUUUUGACAUUUCCGACCACGUCGUCCGUUCACCUGAUGUGAAGUCCAGUGAUUCACCCAGGGUGGAUAAGAGGCGGGGUCUCGCCUGUUGGCAACGUCCACCACUCCUCUUCCCUCUCCCGCAAGAUUAGCACCUACAGAGCCUCCCCCAGGUCCCUCUCAGAUAUCUUCCCACUUACCCCGAUCAUCACUCUACAAGUCCACCACUCCAACAUGAAGGUUCUCCCCUACCUCCUGGUCGGCGCCUACGCGACCACCGCUCUCGCUAUCGUUUACCCAAAUGCUGAGGCUGAGGCCCAGGCCGAGGCUGAGUGCGGGUCCUUGGGUUUGAUGAGAGUUGAUCCUGCCGACCUUCCGGAGGGAGUCACUCUUGCGGAUGUCCGCAAGUGCAGAGAACAUCCCCUGGGAUACCUCUCAACCCCUGGUGCAUUUGACUAUCGUCGUUACUUGCCUAGAUGGAUGUUUUAAGGGCUGAUUGUCUUGGACUGGAUCGCACAGAUGAAGUAUGGUGUCAAGAGG